UAAAAGCCAGUCAGACUAAGAAUACCCACAAACCACAAGUGGUCCAGCAGUGAGGGACGCUAAUACAAGGAGGCUGAACAGAAAGGAAAGCAAGGCAGUCACUUUUGAGCCUCGUACUGUGAGCGGAUAUUGAUCUUAUCCACUGAAACUUCCAGCCACUAAUGAGCGUGACCAACUCUUCUGCUUAUCGAUCGGAGCGCAGUUUCCACCAGACGUCCUCCUCUUCCUCCUCUUCUUCUUCUUCUUCCUCCUCCUCCUCAUCCAAGCCCUACAUGGAGAAGAGCCGGGGACUCUUCGCUGAGGACUUUGGCACUUUCAUGUGCCCGAAUGAUGCUUUGGGAUUUCCAAGUCGAACUGGCACACCUGGCAACAUCAAAACACUGGGUGACACCUACCAGUUCACAGUAGAUGUAUGUGACUUCUCUCCAGAGGAUGUCAUUGUGACCACCUCUAACAACCAGAUAGAAGUUCGAGCAGAAAAGCUUGCUACAGAUGGCACAGUGAUGAACACCUUCACCCAUAAAUGCCAGCUACCAGAAGACGUGGACCCCACUUCUGUAACGUCCUCUUUGGGGGCUGACGGGACGCUCACCAUCAAAGCACGAAGACACCCAGCUAAACUCGAACAUGCACAAACCUUCCGCACUGAAAUUAAAAUCUAGCCCUGCUUCUUUAUAUCUUUCAGCUUAGCGUUAUUCUUGUGAUUUCUGAUCUUUUCCUUGUCAAAAUGCUUUACACUCCUAAAAAUAAAGGUUCCUAAGUGGUUCUUGGCUUAGACGUACAGUCCUAGGUAAAAAAAAGUUCUGAUAUAGAACAGGGCUGCUCGACGUGAGGCGUGUGGGCCAAAUUUGGCAUGUAAAGAUGUUUGAUUUGGCCUGCCAGGUCACGCCGACUUCCCAACCCCCUCACCUUCUUAUUUAAAGCUGCACUCUGUAUAAUGUUUUCAUUAAAAUUUAAAAAACUAGUACUACUAAGUUAUAAAAACAUACUAAAAUAUGAUGUCAAUGCGCUGCAGCUAAUCACCAACUAAAGCCUGAAAUAAUCAUUUCAAAGUCAGAGGCGUUUGAUGAAGUUUUUUGGACCACGUCAAAUGUUUUUACCUCUUAAUGUUGCACACAGGCUCAAAAAGAAUGUGGAAGUCUCAAAUGCAAACAUUAUACUGAUGAAGAUCCGCACAAUCAAUAAUUCACUUCCUUCAUUCACAAAGUUUUGCCCGUGUUCUCUUUCAAUUUACUUUCCUGUCACUCAUAAUCAUCAGAUUUAUUCACAAGAGGAAGGAGUCCAAAGCAUAAUUAAUGUUACAAAAUGUUCUUCUGCAUGUAAUGUGCAAUUCUUCAUUUUCACCAGAGAGGUCUCCAAAUCCCCAAGACUUACAUAUUGCAGCUUAGUUUUUUCCCCAAAUACUUCUUAUAACAUGCAGUUUUUACCAAGUUUAUUUAGAGUCUUAAAACUGGGAAAACACCAGACUGUGCUGGGCUCUCACCCUCAGUUCCCCACACAUGUCAUAAAAUAAAAUUUAUGACAUUCUGUUCUAAAUUUAAAAACAAAAUCUAUAUUCUAAAUCUUGUUAUUGCCACAGUUGUCAGUAACUGCAUUUCAGAUGUAACAUCACACACAUCAGUUCAUAUAGAUAUCAGUUAAUGACAGAAAUAGACAAUGAUCAUAGUAAGCAUUUGCACACGGACAAGAGGUGAUUAAGAAGGGAACACUGAAAGAACUCAUUUUCAGGGACAACACAAUAUGCUUCAUAUGUAAGAAACAUUUUAUUUUAUUUACACAUUAUUUAAAAAAAAAAUACUCUUGUCCACAUUUUCAACAUACACUGAUGAUGUGCAUAAGGCUAAGAAGCUAGAGAGCGGUUUCACUUUUUAGCCAUCAGCCCAGCACUAACAUUACACCCUGGUCCUGGAAAACAGAAGGUUUGGGUGCUCCUGGUAUAGAGCCAUUACAUUAUAACGGUUCUCCAGACCAAAACAUCUCAUUUACGCAAAUGGUUCUUUAAAGAAUCACCCACUGAGAGGUACCCUAUGGAAGCAAACUUGUUUUUAAGAGUGUGCUCUCCCCAUCAUUCAAUUUUUUCAUUUCACACUAAUAUUUCAAAUCCAGUGUUAACCAGAUUGCAACCAUAAAGCUAGAAACACAUUAACACAUCUUUUUUCUAAAUAAAAUUAGCUGAUUGUUGAAAGAAUAUAAACAUUUACCCACAUCAUGCACAUUUCUGACAACACUGUCAAAUGCAUCAAUUACAUAUCAGAUUUUCUAGGAUGUAACUGUAAAGACUGCACAAGGCUGUGUGUGAAUAAAUGUAUAUAUGUUGUUGCGUUGCAGUUAUCCUGUAUGAACGCACUGCUGUUUUGAAUUAAAAGAGCCACCGUA